CGGCGCCAAUUAUGGAGUCCCACACAAAACAUUUGUUUCUUGAUGAAGUAAUACUAUUCCAAAUAAUAUUCUGUUAAACAUAAAACACAAGUUGAGUUUCUCCGUAUCGUGGCGAGAUAUCGAAGAUGAGCAAUUGAGCAGUAGUAGUUCACAAAAAAAUUCCUUCUCAAGCCUAUAACUAAUCCACUUUCACAAAUCAAUUUUCAGACACACACAUAAAAAGAAAACACACACACACACCUGCAUCAUAAAUUUCUCCGAAACCUCAAAAUCCUCACCAUCCUGUCUGAUCAGUUCCCAACCACCAUUCUCAUCCCACAUUUUUCCGGCCAUGGAUCCAUGCCCGUUCGUCCGUUUAAACGUGGAGUCAUUAGCCCUGAAACUCGCCGCCGCCACCCGGCCGUCGGGGUCCGGCAUCCACCCCUCCGCCACCCCAUGCUACGCCAAGCUCAAGAUCAAGAACUUCCCCUCGCAGACCGCCCUCCUCCCGCUCAUCAGCGGCGCCGCCGCCAGCCCGCCGGAUUCCUCCUCCGCCGCCACGUGCUUCGACCUUGACCCCGACGCCCUCCGUGCCCUCUCAUGCAGGCCCGUCGUCGCCCUCAAAAUCAAGGUCUUCAGCGGCCGCAUGGGCCGCACGUGCGGCGUCACCAGCGGGAAGCUGCUCGGAUCGCUGCAGCUCACCGUCAAUCUCGCCCACGCGCAGACCCGCGCGUGCGUGUACCACAACGGCUGGAUGAAGCUCGGCGGCGGCGGGGACCCGGCUGCGAGGCUGCACGUGACGGUCCGCUCCGAACCGGACCCGCGGUUCGUGUUCCAGUUCGGGGGCGAACCGGAGUGCAGCCCGGUCGUGUUCCAGAUUCAAGGGAAUAUCCGCCAACCGGUUUUCAGCUGCAAGUUCACCGCCGACCGGAGUAACAGAUCACGAUCCCUUCCCACAGAUUUCAAGACGAACAGCAAGAGAGGGUGGAUGAGAAGAACUCUUUCAGGCGAGAAAGACAGAGUAGGCAGAGAGCGCAAAGGGUGGAUGAUCAUAGUCUACGAUCUCUCCGGCUCCGCCGUGGCCGCCGCUUCCAUGAUCACUCCCUUCGUCCCGUCCGCGGGGUCCGAUCGCGUCUCGCGCUCCAACCCGGGGGCCUGGCUGAUCCUCCGCCCCAACGGAGUCUCCAUCAGCAGCUGGAAGCCGUGGGGCCGGCUCGAGGCGUGGCGCGAGAGGGGCCCCGUGGACGGCCUCGGCUACAAGUUUGAGCUUGUAGCCGAGACCGGCGGAAUCCCCAUAGCUCAAGGCACCAUGAGCGUGAAGAAAGGUGGUACAUUCUGCAUCGAUGACUCCAGCAAGGACUGCGCCAUGAGCUCGAUGUCGCCCGUUCGAGGAUUCGUGAUGGGAUCCAGCGUGGAAGGCGAAGGGAUAGUGAGCAAGCCGGUGGUUCAAGUGGCCGCGCACCACGUGACCUGCAUGGCCGACGCCGCCCUCUUCGUUGCGCUGUCCGCCGCCGUCGACCUCAGCGUGGAUGCGUGCCGCCUCUUCUCGCACAAGCUGAGGAAGGAGUUUAGUAGCGACGACCACGACUUGUUCCCUUGAAUUCAACUCUAGCUAGCUAUAAUAUCAAGUGUGUGCUUAUCAUCUCAUCAAAUUCAAUGAUGAAUUGAUACUAGAGUGUGGAGGACGAAUUGGUCCUUUUUUUUCCCAAAAGAAUUUGGUGAGGAAUAGGUGUUGGAGUUUUUGUAUUCUUUUAUUCUUUUGUGAGAAAUAAUUCUUUCGUAUUUUGUAAUCGAUAUAUAGUUUUCUUCUUCAAA